AUGCAUGCUGAUACGAAUUCUCCGCCAGCUCCUGGCGGUUCGCCUCCCCGUGCACGUCUGUCUUUAAUAUCUUAUCGUCUCGACGAUCGUCGCUCUUCGAUUCUCUCGGAUCACUCCCUAGACUUGGUCGCUUCUCCGCUCGAUGCUGCGCUACCACCGCCUCCUGCCCAUCCUCACUCUCCCCGUCCAUCUCCGCCUCCAAGUGCCACCGCUACGUCUCCAACCAUCCCGACUACACCGUCGUCCUCCUUCACUACCAUAUUCUCUCUGCGCAGGGAAGGUCCGUCGGGUGAUGCCGCUCCUAUAGACUCCCCCGGCCUCUCUUCGACGUUUCCGGUCUCUUCUGAAAGGAACGAGUCUGCGAACCCAUCCAUCCCCGUCAUCAAAGGGCCAUCCUCCACCUCGCACGCGCCUUACCCUCAUCCGUCCUUGCAUGACGACGACGAAGACGAAGACGGCGAGUAUAUAUCGUUUGUACCGAGGGACUUGGAUAAGUAUGUGUGUGCUUGCAUCUUUUUUCUUUCUUUCUGUCUUCCCAUUCCUUUCCUUUCUUUGCCUGAUUCCUGGAGACUGAUCGGUUGUCCGUGCCGUCUCUUGUAG